CGGACAGACCAUGUGACCAGCCAAAAUGGCUGCACGUGCACGCAAAAAUCUGCUCUCGAAAAGUAGUCACUAUGAGAAUAUUAGGACUUUCUAAGGAUUCAACUGUAGGUCAUUUAACGCAGCAACAUCUAUAGAUCACCAAGGAUAGCAGUUUGGUAAAAGUGAGCUCUCGUCAACACUGUUGGUUGCUGAGAAACGCUCAAAAUGUUGAAGUCGAAAGUGCCAUACCUGUCCGCAAGGAAAAUCAAGCAGCCACCUGAAGGACUCUUCUGUAACUAUUCACAUCGAAUCUGUAUGCAAAACCGCCUCGAUGGAUAUGAGUACUGCAUCAAACACAUCCUUGAAGAUAAGAACGCCCCCUAUAAACAGUGUAAUUACAUGUCGAAUAAGACAGGGAAGAGGUGUCCAAAUGCUGCACCGAAAUCAGAUAAGAAGGAUGGGUUUUGUGUCGACCACGCCCGUAAAGCCGCCGCACUACGGCAACGUGCAAGUCGUAAGCGCAUGCUGAAGGAGUCGCCAGAAACCAUCUUGGAGGAGUUGGAGAACUAUAACAAGACGACGGAGAUUGGUUCGGACUUCCCCAUUGUGACACACCCAGUGAGGAAGCAGCGCACAACUGAUUCAGCUUCUAGAAUACUCGACUACCUUAGUACCGAUGAUUCGGAUACCGAACCUCCAUUGGUUGACCAGGCCUGGCGCGGUGAUGGUGAAAGUGAUGCAGAGAGCAUCGAUAGCGAGCAGGAAGACUCGCAAAAGCAUGCGGAUGUGUACACCGCUGAGGAGGUAGCACUCAUCACCAGGGACAAGUUGAUCCGCCUGCAAUCUUUAUACAUUGAUCAGUUCAAGAGAUUACAGCAUGUUCUCAGAGAGAGACGGAAGAGAUAUCUACAUGCUGUCAAGCAGGAGAGGGAGGCACUGGGGAGUGUGCAUGCUGCAAAAGAUGACCCCGUGCAACGAACUAAAUACAAGAAGCUGUUAGCGUUGAAAAAGUACCAUCGUCGGUUCGGCCAGGAGGCGCUACUACAUCGGCAGUCAAAAGAGCGAAGAAUUUCAGCAUCGGAGGGACAGAGUUAUAACCCUCCGUCAUUUCCGAAGUGCUCCUUUGGUGAGGGUACAGCCCAGCGGUGUGAACUGAGGGUCAUGCCGCUCUCCAAGUUUUGUAAGGAACAUAUCUUAGAAGACCCUCGCCAGGUUUUGUUCCAGCCGUGUAGCUUCGGUAAGGGCUUGUGCAGCAAGCCCGUGCAUGGGACCAUGCCAGAUCCACGCUGUCUUCUGCACCCAGCAGUAGGGGAAAUUGUGCCGAGACUCCCAGAUAAGGAGGACUCCCAUUCCGACUCACAUGGUCUGCUGGACGUUGGGAGUGAGGAGCUACACAUUAUGGACAACUCCGAUGAUCAGCCGCUGGCCACAUUGGCACGGGUCCUACAGCAAGAGAAGAUCAUGGGGUCUGGACUUCUGGAGGCCGAGGAGAGUAUGUCACUGCAAGCUGCCGGAGUUCCAUCGUUGCUACAACCUCCCAUUGAUACAGGAUUGCACUCCGUCUCUGACAUGGACUUAACCUGAAGGAAUUGACAUUUUCUGAUAUUUGGACUGAACAAUGAACAUAAAGGGAAGGUUGUGUAGCAGUUCAUGAAAUGACUCUACAAGUCUUAUAUUCCAUUCAUUGCAAUAAUGACUUGGACUUAAAUGAGAUGCAAUAGACGUUCAGCCAAAAGGAGGCACUGACUAUCAACAAAGGUCUGACAACAUGUCAAACGUCUGCCGGCAAUGGAUUGCAUUCAUUUCUGAAAGGUUGGAGGUUGGUUGUUCCAUUGUCUAUCCUGUUGUCUCCAAGACCUAAAAGCUACUGAUUGUUGGAGAACUCUUUAAAUGUUUUGGUCUCAAAUAAUCUUGAGUGUUGUCCUAACCUGCUGGACAAGACAGUCAGGAGAAGUCAAGCAUGAGAUUAGAUAACCAGCUGAAAGAGUGUAAAUAUGUCAAAAUACAUGAACGCAACUCAAUUGA